AUGGCUGACUUUGGAGCCGUCCUCAGGCACGUCGGAGAGUUCAGAACCUUCCAGAAGCUCUUCAUUUGUGCUGUAUCUUUCCCGACAGUUAUACUACCUUUCGAAUUCGCCUGCUUACUCUUCAUCCAGCCGGACCCGGAGCGGCAUUGCGACACGGACUGGAUCCUGAAGGUUGACGCUAACCUGACCCGGCAGGAGCAGCUGAACCUGACCGUUCCCCUGGAGCGGGACGGUUCUUUCAGCAGGUGUCGCAUGUUCGCUCCGGUGGACUGGGACAUCGGGACCAUCAGGGGACGCGGACUCUACGAGACCACGGUGUGCCAGAACGGUUGGGUGUACUACAGUGAACUUUAUACAGCCACCAUAGUCACUGAUUUUGAUCUGGUAUGUGAUCGGGCUCAUUUACCACAAUUGGCACAAACCGUUUUGAUGACAGGAAACCUGGUUGGUUGUCUCUUGUUUGGACCUUUUGCCGAAUCGUUUGGUCGCAGACGAGCAGUUCAAAUUCCGAUGGUUGCAAACCUCAUUUUUACUGUCACCAGUGCCUUGUGCACCAACUUCCUGCUCUUUCUGCUCUUCCAGUUUUUGAUUGGCGUUGGCUACGGAGGUUUUCGGAUGAAUUCAGUCAUAUUAGCCACAGAGUGGAUUGGUCCGUCCAAGAGGUCUUGGGGAGCAUGCGUGACCCAACUAUCUAGUUCAGUUGGACAGGCCAUCCUUGCCGGUCUGAUCUACGUCAUCAGAGACUGGAGACUGGCUCAGUUUGUCACCGCAGUUCCACUGGCAGUCAUUUGUAUUUAUAUAUGGUUCCUUCCAGAGUCCGCCAGGUGGUUGUUGGACAGAGGGAGGACGGAAGAAGCUAAGGAGUUGCUGUUAAAGGUGGCGGCUGUCAACAAACGCACCGUCACAGAUUCUCUCCUGGAAAAGAUUGUCGUGAAAGAGAAAACGGAGAAAAGGAGUGGCAUUUUAACACUCUUCCAGUCGUCUGUGCUUCGGAAGAACUUAUUUAUCGUAUCAUUUGCAUGGUUCUCAGUGAAUGUUGGGUAUUAUUGCAUUUCAUUCAACGUGGGGAACUUUGGCUCGGACGUAUUCUUGACACAGCUCUUGUUUGGUCUGACUGACGUGCCAUCUCAGAUACUUUGCCUGUGGCUGCUGGAAGUACUGGGGAGACGACUAUCCAUCAUCUCCACGCUCCUAACUGGGGGGCUCUUGUCUGUCUUGAUGCUCGCCUUCAGUCCAGGAUAUCCCGUUGCUGUGACUGCACUGGCGACAUCAGGACGUUGCCUAAUGAACUGGGUCGCAUCCAUAUGUAAUGUUUACAUUCAAGAGUUAUUCCCAACAUCCUGUCGACAAACGGCCUCGGGUCUAGGCUCCGUCACGUGCCGGUCUGGUGGAUUGAUCGCCCCUUUGGUCAACAUGCUGGCUACGUACCACCGGUCCAUACCUAUCGUUAUCUUCAGCGGCCUGGCGCUGAUCAGCGGGGCUCUCGGCUUCAUGCUUCCUGAGACCCGAGGGAUUGAACUACCAGAUUCGACCGACGAUGCUGAGGGCAACAGAAGACGACCAGGAAAGUUGUAAAUAAAACAUACACACCGAGCCAAGUAAACUGUCGUGGAUGGUCUGUGAGUCCGACAAUUUCCAAAACAGGACCCGCUCCUUGGUCUACAAACUGUACCAUGGUGUUGAACCACAUUUAGCUUUGAUUGCCUCAUCCAUUCCUCAAGAUUCGUCAAGGUCACCAUGUUUGUGACUGUUCCCGCCCCCGGAUAUUGACGACAGGUAUUCUGCCCUCGCAACGCAUUCUGAGCUUCAUGCAGCUGGUGGCUCGGUAACGGCAUGCGGUUCUUUAACCUCCUCUUAUCAUGUUUUUGUUUAAGUCAUGUUCUGUUUGGUUUUUGGACACUCUGUUCCUGCUUUUCCACUCCUGUUUUGUCACCAGAACAACCAUUAGUUUCACCUGUUUCACAUUUUGAGUCACGCACCUGUUUUCACUAAUCACCACAGCAUUAUUCAAGCCUGUAGUUGCCAGGAGGUCAGCCUGGCGACAUCACCUCCUACACACCUUCUACGCCUUCCAUGCCGAUGAUCCAGGUUACUUUCUUGUUCAGAAAAUUUUUGUUAUUCAUGCCAUAGUGCUAGUUUUUGUUUUACGACCAUAGUUUUGCCUUAGUGCAAGUUUUGUUUUCAUAGUCAUGUUUUCAUACCUCCUCUGUGAGCGCUUUUCGUUUGUUCUUUUUUUUGAUUAAAUUAAAAGAUGUCCAUACCUUCGCGCCGUGUCCGCUCCAAUCGUAUUGCA